AUAAUGUGUUCGGUACAACGUGCAUAAUGCCUUCUCUGUACAAACCUCCUGAUUUACCUAGGAUUGUCGAGAACAUAAAAUUUCAGCUGUGCAACGAGGGUGACUUAAAAAGAUUAAGUCAUGUUCAAGUUCUGAAGUGCCUGCUCUAUGCCGAAGGACAAAGCAACAGACGGGCCUUAGAUUACGGCCUUUUAGACCCAAGACUUGGAGCAAAUAAGAGAGAUGAAGUGUGCACUACUUGCGGCUUAGACUACCAGACAUGUAUUGGUCAUUGGGGGUACUUUGAUUUGCCGACGCCAAUAUAUCAUGUGGGAUAUACUUGGCAUAUAGUAAAAAUACUACAAACAAUCUGCAAAACCUGCUCACACGUUCUUCUCCCAGAGCAGCAACGUGCUAGGUUUCUGAUCAGCUGUUCUAACCCGAGUUUGGACUACGUACAUAAAAAACAACUUAGAAAGGCAAUACACAAAUUGUCUAGCAGGGUACAUGUCUGUCCAUUUUGCUCAGCACUAAAUGGUGUCGUCACGAAAGGUACUAGUCUUUCGUAUGUUGUUCAUGAUAUGUUUCGACACGCGAAAGCAAAAGUUGAUGAAUAUGUAAACGAGUUCGCAAACGUAAUUUCAGAAAAUACGGAGUUAACACAAAUUAUCCGUAAAGGUUUGGAAAUUAUACGACCCGGAAAGGCUCUGCAAUUGUUUUCGAAAAUUCCAGAAGAAGAUUUGCCGCUACUCCUUAUGCCUUCUAAUUCUCAGUGGACGACUCACCCACGAGACUUAAUUGUUCAGAGAGUGCCUGUCUGUCCGAGUGCAAUCAGACCAUCAGUUGUUUCGGAAGUUCGUAGUGGAACUAAUGAAGAUGACCUUACCCAAAUGUAUCAGUGGAUAUUAGCUCAAGCUGCAACAAUUGAAGAAGACAUCGGAGAGGCGGAUCAAAUCGCAUGCUUGGAUAACUUACAUGCUGAGUUUGCACGUCUAAUUAAUUCACAACAAUCAGGUUUGCCUCCCGUUCAAGAUCAUAAGUUUAUGCGUGGUUUACUUCAAAGGUUAGCUGGUAAACAUGGCCGAUUUCGUGGUAGCUUAUUGGGUAAACGAACAAAUUUCACUGCCAGAACUGUUAUUUCACCAGAUCCAAAUAUGCGAAUUGAUGAGGUAUGCAUCCCAGUUCAUUGUGCAAAGCUCCUAACAUAUCCUGAACGUGUGACUGAUUUCAACCUGAAUUUUCUUCGAUCUCUUAUACUAAACGGGCCAAAUAACUAUCCUGGUGCCAUGUUUGUUAGUUAUAAGCUACGCGGUGAGAGGAAACGUCAAGCUGAAGCAUCUGGUACAUCUGAUAUAGUGAAACGUUUCCUAGCAUCUGAACGCGCACGUGAAGAUGUAGCGAAAUAUUUACAACCAGGUGAUAUAGUUGAAAGACACUUAUUGGAUGAUGAUAUUGUAUUAUUUAACCGUCAACCUUCACUGCAUCGUGUAUCUAUUCAAGCAUUUAGAGCGGUUGUAAAACCUUUCCGAACUUUUCGUUUCAAUCCAUGCUGUUGUACACCAUUCAAUGCAGAUUUCGAUGGAGAUGAAAUGAAUAUACAUCUACCACAAACAGAAGCCGCUCGUGCAGAAGCAAAACAUCUUAUGUUGUCUCUCAAGAAUAUUGUUAGCCCUAAAAAUGGUGAACCGUUAAUUUCACCAAUUCAAGAUUUAAUCACUGCAACACAUUUGUUAACCUUGAAAGAUGUUUUCCUCAAUCGUGACCAAGCUUGUACUUUAGCAGCUCAACUACUGGCUGGUAACCAUUUAGGUCGACCUUUAGCUUUGCCAAAACCGGCUAUAAUGUGGCCUGUUGCUUUAUGGACUGGUAAACAGAUAUUUGGUCUCAUUCUCUCACCGCAUCCAUCCACUGGGAUACAGGUUAACCUUCGAGUACCGACCAAGUCUAUGUAUUCAUCAAAGGGUCAAGAAAUGUGUCCAAAUGAUGGUUUUGUUCUAAUUCAAAAUAGCGAGCUCCUUGCAGGAUGCGUAGAUAAAAAAUUACUUGGAGGUGGAAGCAAGUCAAGCAUAUUCUACACAUUACUUCGAGAUUAUGGGAGAGAAGCUUGUGCAGAUGCCAUGUGGCGUUUAGGAAGAAUUGCUUUGUUUUUCCUGGCACAUCGAGGUUUUUCGAUAGGACUUGGUGAAGUAAUGCCUAGCUCAGAUCUUGUCGCAUCUAAAACAGCAUUGAUUAGUCGUGGCUUUGCCACCUGUGAUGAGUAUAUCAAUCAAUAUCAGAUGAAUACACUAAUUUGCAAUCCAGGAUGUAGUAUGGAGGAUACACUUGAAUCUAAUUUAAGUCAAGAAUUGUCGAAAAUUCGUGAUGAAGCAGGAGCAGCUUGUAAACGUCAACUUCAUCCAUCAAACUCACCACUUGUUAUGGCUCAGUCAGGGUCAAAAGGUUCAUUUCUCAACAUAUCUCAAAUGAUUGCUUGUGUUGGCCAACAAGUAAUUGGUGGAAAACGAGUUCCGGAUGUUAUUAAUGGUCGCAGUCUUAUUCAUUUUCCUCCAGGAUCACGAACACCUGAAGCAAAAGGUUUUGUAGGAAAUAGUUUUUAUUCAGGUCUUUCACCAUCUGAGUUUUUUUUCCAUGCUAUGAGUGGCCGUGAGGGGUUGACGGAUACGGCUGUAAAAACUGCAGAUACAGGUUACAUGCAGCGGAGACUAGUCAAGUUUCUUGAAGAUUUGGCAGUUGCUUACGAUGAUACCGUACGUGAUAGUCGGGGCGAUAUAAUUCAAUUUCGUUACGGUUCCGAUGGCCUAGAUCCUUUAGAAAUGGAAACAGAUACAUUUCCUGUGAAUUUUGUCAAAGAAAUGGAACAUAUAAGGACUAGUUAUGAAUGCCCUCAUGAAGUUGCAAUGUCUGCUGAGGAGUUAGAACUAGCUGUGGAGGUUGUGUUUCAACUUGAUGCAUUUCGACAUUUAGAUAGUCAUUUAUGUUCAGCAAUCAAAGAAUUUAUACAUAAUUCAGUUUGCCCGAGAAUUCGUAAAUGGCAAGAUUGGUGUACAAAAAAUGCGAACGGGUCAAAUUUAAUCAAUCAAAAUGAACGUUUGACUAGAACACAACUACGUAUAUUUUUAACACAUGUUAAGGAGAAAUAUGAGAAGGCUUUAAUCGAACCGGGCACAGCUGUUGGUGCAUUGUGUGGUCAAUCUGUUGGUGAACCAGCUACGCAAAUGACUUUAAAAACGUUUCACUUUGCUGGUGUCGCUAGUAUGAACAUUACACAGGGUGUUCCACGUAUGCGUGAAAUUGUAAAUGCAGCAGCCAAAAUUAAAACACCAUUGAUAUGUGUUACUAUAACAGAUCCAUUCUCAGCAUCGUUAGCGCGUCAAGUGAAAUUGUCUAUUGAGCCAACACGAUUAGCUGACAUAUCAUUGUCAUUAAGCCAGUGUUUAACACCUGAAUAUGUGUAUGUUGCUAUAAAAUUAGAUAAAAAACGAAUGGCUAGACGAGGGAUUACAACACCUCAAGUUGCUACAGCUAUUCAAACAACUAAGCUAAGGAAGAUCAAAUUAUCGCGUGUAACUUAUUCAAAAGAUUGUAUAUUUGUAUAUCCAGUUGAUUUAAACGCAUUGGAAACAGUUGUCAAAUUAAUUGAAGAUGUUGUUGUCAAGGGCAUACCUGGUGUGUCUCGAGUUGUAAUUCAACAGGAUAAAGAUGAACAUAGAAUUUUCGUUGAAGGAGCUCGGUUACGUGAGGUGAUGUCCAUACCUGGCGUCGUAGCUGAACGUACACGAAGUAAUAAUAUUUUAGAAGUGGAAAAAGUACUGGGUGUAGAGGCUGCUCGACGUGUUGUUAUCGACGAAUUACUAACUGUUAUGGAAGGUCACGGUGUCGAAGUGAAUGUACGCCAUGUAAUGCUGUUGGCUGAUGUAAUGACUAAUAGGGUAAGUAAAUCUUUGUGUUGACAAAGCACUGAUAAUCAGCAAGUCCCAAAUCACUGUUUGUAUGUUCUGUUGCCUGAUGAUGUGUUUUUAGAUCAACAGAUAUUUUUUUGUCAAUCUGGCUACCAUUAUCAAUUUAUUUUGAUGGUUAAGGCGGAAUGUUUCUUUCAUCAAAGCAAAUUCCAUGUGUCAUUAAAAAAUAAUAACAGUAGCAGUGAUGAUGAUAAUUUCUUAAACAAACAAAUGCAGGAAAAUGUUAUCCUAUUGUUGCUAGUCUGACGUUGAUCUGUUGAUGAUUUCAAUGAAAAGUGUUGGGAAUGAGGCAGUUACCCACUGAAGACAAUGGAUCGUAGUCACGCGAAAUCAUGGAUUGACCGAACUGUAAUCAUAAGAAACAUGAAGCCAAGAUCAAGUCAGUUGAGCGCAAAACGUUGAUCGAAAAAAAGACAGAGUAGAAGGUAAUGAUUUUGGAAAAGCGAAAGAUUUACACCAUAGUCGAAGAAGAAGUUGGAUAAGUUUCUGUUGUAUACAUUGUUCUGGUUUUUAUAAAUAUAUAGCUAAUGCUUCGGUAAUGCUAAAAAGGCAUCUUCCUACUCACCUAGUAGUUGAAUUUGGACACGGAGUUUAUUUUAAUUGAGUGACCUGUUUUCAAUUAUGGAACUUUUUGCGAUCCAUUUCCUCCUUUUUUCAGCUAGGCCAUAUCAGUGGAUAUCCAUUUUCGGAAAUUAAUUUUCCCUAGGAGGUCCAAUUCAUUACCGAAGAUAUCAUGAUUGCGAAUUGUUUGUAUUCGUAUAACAAGGGAUAUGAUGCAGUUUAACAACUGUUGUUGGUCGAGAAAAUUCACACGCACAAUUGAGAAUAGACAAACAUUCGCUUUCUCAAUGCUAAAGCGAUACGAAAACCAAAAGGAACUUUCAAAAGUCCUUAAUAAUAAGAGGAGAAACUUGAUAUAAUCGCUUGCUACACAAGUGCGAAUAAUUUUGCGACCCAGGUGUCACAGAUGGAUGUAUUAAAUCAUUAGUCAUCAUAAGCACAAAAG